UUUGUGACACGGCCUGAUGCUACAUCGUGUGCAUGCAGUACAAGGCGGGCAGGGUCACCCAGUACAAUCAAGUAUUUUCUCAGAAUCCAGGCCAUUCAGAAAAAAAAAAUCUCAUCUUUCAGAUCGUUCAGCCUAGACCCCUGCCUAAUUUCACCUGCGACUCAGCUUAGACAACGUAUCAACUACAGAGCGGCCAAUGUCUCAGUGGUAGGAAAUUAACAAAUGAGCCUUCAAAAAUGCGAGGUUUACAAUGAGAGGCAUUUUAAUUCAAACUUUACUGUAUGGAUCCUUGACAUUUGGGAUCUGGACAGCUCUGUUGUAUGUAUUUAUUAACCACAAUCAUGUGAGCAACUUGGAGAAGAAAACCCAGGAGCCUGCCUCAAUUUGGUCCCUUGAAAAAAAAUUUCAUCGGCAAGAUACUCAUGGCUCAGAGGAAAUUCCAAGACCAUAUGUGAGAUUUGAAAGUCCUGAUGAAGAAGAAACCAAACCACAGAAAUCCUUUUUCAAAUGGAGUAAGGAUUUUAACUAUUCAAGCUCAGAAUUUGUUGAUGGAUUUUUAAAAUAUGGAUUUAACACCAUUCUCAGUAAAAGCUUGGGCAGUGAGAGAGAAGUACCAGAUACCAGAAAUAAAAAGUGUUUGCAAAAACAUUACCCAGCCAACCUACCUACUGCCAGUGUUGUCGUCUGCUUCCACAACGAGGAGUUUAACGCCUUGUUUCGGACCAUGUUCAGUGUCGUAAACCUCACCCCACGCCACUUCCUUGAAGAAAUUAUUCUGGUAGACGACAUGAGCGACUCUGAUGAUUUGAAAGAAAAACUAGACCACCACCUGGAAAUUUUUCGGGGAAAGAUUAAAUUAAUAAGAAACAAAAAGAGAGAGGGACUUAUCCGAUCACGGAUGAUAGGGGCCUCUCGUGCUUCAGACUUGUACGAAAAUCUUCACCGGUGCCUAUGGAUUCAUCUAUCCGUUUCUCCUCACAACUUGGUCCGUGCUUGUUGUCUGCCCAUCUACCUGUAUUUGCCUGUCGCCCCCACCGGUGAUGUGGGCUUGCUCCCAGGUUUGAAGCUCUGGGGUCCUGUGGUAUGGGCAGGGGACGUUCUGGUGUUCCUGGAUAGCCACUGCGAGGUGAAUAAAGUGUGGCUGGAGCCUCUGCUGCAUGCCAUUGCCAAGGACCCCAAAAUGGUGGUGUGUCCUCUGAUAGAUGUCAUUGAUUCUGUGACCCUAGAAUACUGGCCCUCUCCUGUUGUAAGGGGUGCUUUCAACUGGCACCUACAAUUUAAAUGGGAUAAUGUCUUCUCUUAUGAGAUGGAUGGACCAGAAGGACCCACUCUACCCAUUCGGUCACCUGCAAUGGCUGGGGGAAUUUUUGCUAUAAAUAGGCAUUACUUUCGUGAGAUCGGACAGUAUGACAAGGGCAUGAACCUCUGGGGAGCAGAAAAUUUGGAGCUUUCGUUAAGGAUCUGGAUGUGUGGAGGCCAACUCUUUGUACUCCCCUGCUCACGGGUAGGACACAUCAGUAAGCAGCGCUUUCCAAAUCAACCUGAGUUUGCAGAAGCCAUGACAUAUAACCGUCUCAGACUGGCGCACGUUUGGCUGGAUGAAUACAAGGAGCAGUUUUUUUUACGAAGACCUGGCCUGAAAUCUGUUGCCUAUGGAAACAUUAGUGAGCGUGUUGAGUUAAGGAAACGAUUGGGUUGCAAAUCAUUUCAGUGGUAUUUGGAUAAUGUCUUCCCAGAAUUGGAGGCAUCUGAGGGCAGCAGAUGAAACACAAAUAAAUCAUUUUCAUUAAAAAAGGGUUAAAAAACCCCUGUCUUCAACAUAGAGGAGAAAAGUCCGGAACAUCAAGAAAUUGUGUGAAAUGCAGUAAGAAAUACAACCAGAGUGCUCUAGAAUAAGAGUGCCUUUCU